CGAGGAUGGACUUUUGGAGGGUUGGUGGUUGUAUAUUGAACGUAGACGAGGGAUUGAGGAGCGGAGCUAUGACGAAAUCAGCAAUCCAAUCCGUCACUCAAGAAAUGUCAACGAACCUGUCGAAGAUCGGGGUGUCGCGGCGGAACUUGUACCGUCCACUGCCGAAAAACGGCAACGCGUUGGUCAUGAUAAACAUGAAGUGUAG